AUGAUGAAAACUGCGCUCAGAGACUUCCUGUCGGAUCGUUUAGUAACUGUGUGUGUGACCAUUCACGGUAAUCGAUGCCGCUCAAGUCUCUUACUGACGCAUACUGCCCAUAAUUUCUCCCUUUGUGACGCUUUCUCAGAUCUCAAGCAGCAUAUACACUGCGUUUUAGUCCUAGGCUGA